CAGUGUAAAAUCUUCAAGCAGCUUGGAGCCCAAUUUGUUUUGUGAUGAGGAAAUACCCAUUAAGUCAGAGGAGGUGGUGACACACAUGUGGACUGCUCCCUCGUUCUGUGCUGAACAUGCAUAUUCAUCUGCUUCUAAAAGCUGCUCUCAAGGUUCUAGCACUCCAAGGAAGCAGCCUCGGAAGAGUCCACUGGUACCUCGCAGUUUGGAGCCGCCAGUGUUGGAGCUGUCACCUGGAGCGAAAGCUCAGCUAGAAGAUCUAAUGAUGGUGGGAGAUCUACUAGAGGUAUCACUGGAUGAGACUCAGCACAUCUGGCGGAUUUUACAGGCUACUCAUCCACCCUCUGAGGACAGGUUCCUUCAUGUCAUGGAGGAUGACAGCAUGGAUGAGAAACCACUGAAAAUGAGAGGAAGAGACUCCUCUGAGAGGAAGCGGAAACGAAAGCUGGAGAGAGCAGAACAGUUCUUUGGAGAUAUGAAGCAAAAAUCUAAGGACCUGAAGAAACUGGAAAAACCCAAGAAGAAGAAGCUUAAACUCACCAUGGAUAAGACAAAGGAGCUGAACAAGCUUGCGAAGAAACUGGCCAAGGAAGAGGAGCGGAAGAAGAAGCGAGAGAAGGCAGUUGUCGCGAAGGUGGAACUAGCAAAGGAGAGCACAGAGAAAAAAAGAGAGAAGAAGGUUCUAGAUAUUCCUUCUAAGUAUGACUGGUCAGGAGCAGAAGAGUCAGAUGAUGAGAACGCUGUAUGUGCUGCACAGAACUGCCAGAGGCCCUGCAAGGACAAAGUGGACUGGGUGCAGUGUGACGGUGGCUGCGAUGAGUGGUUUCAUCAGGUUUGUGUCGGUGUCUCUCCAGAAAUGGCUGAGAACGAGGAUUACAUUUGUAUAAACUGUGCAAAGAAGCCAAUGCAGGGCCCAAGUAGCCCUGCUCAUGCACCACCACCUCCUUUCUUACUGAGCUACAAACUCCCAAUGGAAGAUCUUAAGGAGGCGAGUUAGCAACUGCUCAAUGCCUGGAACUUGUUGGGAAACGGACCACUGAAACCCUACAGAAAAGAGAGGGUUUGAAGCUAAUAAAGCCACUGAGCUUCACUUCCAAGCAUAUACAGACCUGCAGCAGAGUUGGUCCCUUCCUUACAGCGGGCUUCCUUCAUAGCGUGGGGACGUCAAGGCACGUUGGUACCGACUCAUCUAUGCAGACACCGCCUGAUUAGGAGCUCCAGCCAGUGUUUUUUGACUUGAGUAUUUCCAUCUCUGAGUGUGGCUGUUGCUCUUAUGAGACUGAGCAAACCCGAGGCUGUUAGACUAGACACUUCAGGGCGUUAGGAGUAUAUGUUGGCAGUGGAGCUGGCCUGGAAUUGGUGGGCAUAGGCUGGAGAUUUUAGGCCUACCAGGUUACCCAGAGGAGGUUACUUUGGAAAUUAUCUUUUGCCUCCCUAUGCCAACCCAGUGAGUGGGGCAGUGUCUUGGGAGAGUGAAGUUGCCUCCAUAUCCAGGCAGCUAACACUACACUAUAAGGAUGUGGGAGCAAGUGGACGAAUUUCUUUUAAUUUCUCUUUUGUAGCUAAGGGGCAGAGGAGCUCGUGAUCUCGGAAAUCAGCAAACUUUCUGUUCACCAAAAAAAGAAACCCAACUCUACUCCACUAGGCAAAAUUUUUUCCUCGGUGGGGAUCAGCUGAUCUUCCUGUCCUGAGGAGGGCCAGAAAACACUGACCAUGUCCAGCUAGACCAGAGCGUGGGAAGAGCAGAGUGCUUCCCUUUACACAGGGGUGCCCUCUCCUGUUCUAGGCUUUGCUUAGAGUUCUGCACUCCUGCACGUUAGAGUUGUCUCAUGCAGGAUGGAGCUGGCGAGGAGGUACAGCACGUGGGGCCCCAGCUUCUGUGACCUGUACCCAGGGAUGGGAAGGAAAGAAGACAGCCCACUUACCUCAGAGGUUACACUGACAUGUGCUUCUGUGAAAAGUCUCACUCACAACUCUUUCCAGUAUCACCAGGCUACGGGCAUGGCCUCAAGCGAUACCAGCAAGCAGUCUGCAGAUACUGUUCGCACCGCAAAUCCCCCUUCCUGCUGGCUUUGCUGGAUGUGUACCAGCGUACAAUCAGCAACAGUUCUUGUCUGAAGCUGCCCCUGGCUUUGCCAGAGGACCGGAGGGCUUGGGGUCAUCCUGGGUGACAGUUGUUUUAGUAAAUCCAUUUUUAAAGAAGGACUUGUUUUUACUUUUUUCUAAAUGUCUCAGACUACUGACUUGUUCUAUAAAUAGAUUAUUUUUCUUUGAUUUUUUUAUACUUACCACUGUUAACCAGCAGCACAGACAGACGUUCACAAAGCAAAAACCUGCCCGUGGGCUUGGGUUUUUUUUACUCCAUUCCUUCCUUGUAGUACAAGGAAUUAGCAGUUACCUUCCCCAUUCUAGCUUGACCAGCUGCCUGUGUUUAAAUAGGUAAAUACAUUUCAUGUGCUACCUUCCUGUUUGGGUUUGUUCCUGUUAGUGGGGCAUCUGGGCCUUAACGACUCCCGUGGACGCUGGCUUUGUGUAUGUGAAUGUCUGAAGCCAGCCACUGGGCUGUCUUGUCCCCCUCUCCACUCGCUCCCUAUUUGUGUUUCCAUUCCUCUGCAGUUCUAGGAGUGUUGUAAGUAGUGUCCAGGCUUACUAGGAGCUGGAUUGGGAUUUAAAGAAAUAUUGACAAAAACAAAAGUUGUUCUGUCUUGACUGUUCUGUGUCCCUUCUCUUCUUGUUCUCUGAUAUUUGGAAGUUUAUUUAUCUGGCGGAAUUAUCCAUCCA